AUGUGUGGUGGCAGUGAUAUUGAAUUACCAAAACCAUCAGAGUUAAGUGAAUUGGAGAUUGUAUCAGGUUUAUCAAAACAAUGGUGGUUAUAUCGUUCAAUUGAUAAUAAUCAUUUAAUGAUAAAUCAUAAUGAAAAAGUACCACAAUCAUCAAUCAAUGGAAAUAAAGAAAAACAAAAACAAAUUGCAAUUGGAUAA